AUGAUUAUACCCGUCCGCUGCUUCACAUGCGGCAAUGUUAUUGCUGACAAGUACCUGCUGUACCUUGACCUUGUGGCGGAGGGCGUGUCGGAGGAGGCUGCGUUGGAUGCGUUCAACCUACAGCGCUUUUGCUGCCGCCGCAUGUUUCUCACACACGUGGACUUUUCGGACCUUCUGCUGAAGUUUAACCCUGCCGACACAAACGCGGCGAUUUACCCGACCGGUGUUCAUUAA